AUGGAUAGAUAUUUCAGAAUUCAAAAUAAAAAGAUCUUGCUUUUGAUUGAUAAUGCUCUGUCACAUUUCGACCCCCACUACUCGCCAGCCUUAGAAAUUGAUCAAAAUGAUGAUAAUGAUGCAUCUAAUGAAAAUCAAACAUCCAGAUGCCAUAGUGGUCGUGUUAGUGGAUCAAGAGGUCGUGAUGGUUGUGUUAGUGGAUUAAGAGGUCGUGGUGGUCAUUCAAGAGAAAUGAUGGAUAGUGAAACAGCCGAUAUCAAUCAAAUGAUCAAAAAGCUUGAUAUGAAUAAUCCUUCUGCUGCUUUAUUGGCAAAUGAAUUAAACAAUUUCUUUCAAGAAUUGGAAGAAAUGCAGACAGAAGAUAUUUUAAGUGAUAUUGAUAUUAUAAGGUUAGUCCAGGAGGAUGCGCGUGAUGAAGAUGAAAGUAGUAACUCCGAAAAUGAUACUUUAGUAUCUCCUGGUAAUGCACUCAAAUCUUUAGAGACAUGGAUUUCGUUUUAUGAGCAGCAAGAUGAUAAUGAAUUUCAUGCAGAAGAUUUAAAGCUUUUUAAAAGGUACUUUAAGAUUAUCAAAUGGCUGGAGCAACAAUUCUGA